UCGCUCACAUUUCUGAUUUCAAAUAAUUUAUGGCUUCUGCGGAGAGAGUGCCUUCGGAGAAGAGGAAUUCUCCUGCGGAGUUUACUAGGCUCGACAUAACCAAGCUACGGCGUACUACUCGUAUUUCCAAGACAUGUCUCAGCUGCAAGAAGCGCAAAGUUAAGUGCAACUUCGAGGUGCCGUGUGACAAAUGUAUUGCCCGUAACAAAGGCCAUCUCUGCAGUCGCGAGCCUGUCAUCGUAGACGGGGUGGUGAUUAAUAAUGCAGGGGACGAAAAGCUUGUAGAGAUGAAAUUUGCCCAGGAAAACGAGGUACUCAAACGGAAAAUCAAGGACUUGGAAAGAACGGUUUUCAAACUCCGAUCGGAGUUUUCGUUUCCCCACAAUUCCAAUUCUGCUGCCGUGCCGCGAGCUUCAGGACGAAAGGCAUUUUCCUUCGAGCCUUCUGGACCCCAUGGUGGGGUCUCCUUGGAGUUGUCCACCAAAUGGGACAGCUACAGCGUGGUUAUCAGCCUGCUCAACAAAGGCCUAGCCGAGGGCCUACAGGACGACGAUGACCAAAAUUUCGAUGCUAAUACCGAAGAAUGGUCCAGAAUUCCCAACAAGGAACUCAUGAAGUCUAUUCGAAGCGGGGAUGAAAAAUCGGAUGUCUGGAACUACCAACUGAGGCUCAUAGCUAACCUGAACAAGACCCAUUCCGACCUGAUCUUGGAGAGCGCACUGCGUCUAUCUUUUCUCCACAAUGUUCUGGAUAACGACCGAUUUCUACAAGAAUACGAAUCGUAUUGGAACGAUCCCUCCAUCAUUGAGAAGCACAUUACGCCGUACUAUUCGAAAUCUAGCAAGGAAUAUCUUUUUCUGGCUCAAUAUUACAUGCUACUAUGCAUUGGAGUAUACUAUUCAGACGACACUCUGCAACAGAAGCUAGCUUUUUCUGAUGAGACGUUGGAUCUUCAUGCUCGCUCUUUUUUCGCAUGCGGCCUCGAAUGCCUGUUCCGCGGCAGAUACAUGACCUUCCCCAGCAUUGGUGCAAUCCAGUUUUUCUCGCUGCUCAAGCUAUGUGCACAUCCUCUGGGAGGUGUUCACCUACAAAAUUGCCUUGUGGGGACCAUGUGCUACAGCGCACGGAAGCUGAAAUUGGAUAGCGUUGCUGGCGACUCGGACGACCCUGAAACCGACAUGAAGCUCAGAUGGUGGUGGUCGCUAGUGAAUGUUGACUGGUACGAAGACCAGUUCCGCUAUUCUCUGAUUGCACCGGGGACUUUCUGUACGCCCAAGCCAAGAAAGUGGAAAAUCCCACAUAAAGUUUUAGACUGGGAUAAUUACUAUCAGAGAUUUGUUGCCGAGAUUGCAACCAUCAAGAGAAAUUACUAUUUUGACGACACGGUGCUGAAAAGCGAGCUGACUCUGCAGUCGCUAGAAAAAGCAGAUCUUGAGCUUCGCGUGCUUGAGAUCACCAUUAGGAAAGAUUUUGAAAACUACAUGGAUCAUGAACGCCUCACCGCUGACCCUCACUUUUCUACCACAGUGGAAUUCAUCAAGUUUUUGACUGAUUACAUCAUUCUCCAAGAAAGACUUGAUAUCAACAGCAAAAUGUCCAGAUUCAUGACGUAUGAGCACUGGACCUCGGACUGCUAUGAACUGUGCUGCAAUUGUGCAGAGACCAUCCUCAAACGGUACGCGGAUCCACGUGUCCCAAACUUGUUCAAGAAACCAUGGUUUGUGUGCGAAUUAGCCGUCUCUGCAGCAGUGUUCUUGCUCGUGGACGCAAUGCUGAACAAACAGACCGCUAGUCGUCAAAAAUCGGUCAUCUCAGCUGUCAAGAAAAUCAUGCCUGUUUUGGGCUCCCAUAAGCUCAUAGUUCGUCCCGCUGUGCGAGGCCUCUACGUGCUUCAAAAGUUAAUUAAUCUGAUGGUUGCAGGUGAUCGAAGGGGAAGCCUUCAGUCGAUAGAGUCAAUAACAAAAAUGCGACAGGCUGGCAACACUAAGGACCCGCAAAUGUCCAAGACUCAAGGAAGUAUGCGCUCCAAAGCUCAAAGUAAGCUAAGAAAGCAGCUUAAGUUUAUUAAUUAUUCUUCGGUCUCGAAUCCUUCUAGCAGCGAUGCCAGGACCGAAGAUAGACAUUUGGCCACGCCUCAGGCUAAAUUUGAUAAGAUAGAAGGCCCGGCAAGGCUCGACAUAUCGGACGUUCCGCUCAGCACGGAACAGAGCGAAAAUCCAUUUCCAGAGGUGUCAGGACAGGUUCCUGAAUUGCAUACGGCGAUUUUGGAUAUUCUGGGAGAUCAUGGAUGGGGCCAGUUUUUGGACUCUAUUGACGAAUUUAAUAUGACAUUCGAUGUAUAG